AAAGGUAUGAUACAAUUAAAUUCAUUAAUUAUAAGUCUGAUAUAACUAACAUGAGGCGGAAAAAUAUAUUUGGUACGCAGCGGAACCUCUACCUCUAAAUUUGCAUUUUGUAAUUUCAGCUAAAAUGUCAAAUCGUCCAUCUUACAGGCAAGUAGAAGGUUUGGUGGAAUUCCUGGAGCAAAAUCCAGCAACAGCCAAAGGUUUGUUUCGGAAGAGUCAAGGGAAGCUAGAAACUAAGCGAAAAUGGGCAAGCUUGGCAACUUCCUUGAAUUUCCUUGGAGGAGCCAAUAAAAAUGGUCAAGGCUGGGCUAAGGUAAUAAAAAUAACGAAUUAGACAUUAUUAUCACUGUUAUCUUGCAGUAGUUUCAUUAACAUUAAUGCAUGUUUAAGUAUUGGGCUGAAAAUAAAUGUGGAUUGAAGAAGCAGUGCUCACAACUAUCAUCUUCAAUGAGGCGCACUGGUGGCGGGAUAGCAGACAAUUUGCCAACAUUGUCUGCUCUAGAUAAUUUUGUAUUGGUGGCAGUGAUGGGUGGACAAGAAUUUGCAAGAGGCGAUUCAAGCUUGGCAGUCAAUCCAUUUCCUGAAUUGAGGACUGCUGUCUCACCGGUUGCUAUAGACUCUUCUAUUGUAAGCAACAACGAGGUGAUGGAAAUGCACUUUGAGCAACCGGUGCAUGUUUCCCCUGUACCUGGCACGUCACACAGUGAAGUGAUACCAGAAACCAUAAUACCUGAAACCACACCACUACCGGAGACUAUUACGUCACGAAGGAUACGCCGACGCCAGAUUUCAACUCACAGAGGGGAUACAAUAACAAUGGAACGUUUUGCGACUAUGGCAGUACAGCGGGUUGAAACAGAAUUGACAACCGCCCGAGCAUUUGCUCAGUUGGCAGAACAAGUUGGGAAUAUGGCAAGGGCUUUGUCAUCUGUCACUGAUGCAAUUACAGACUUGGUUAGAAAAAUGCCAGACCCUAGCUCUUCUUGAUAUGUUUAAAACUAGUCAAUUUUUCAAAUAGGUUUAAUAGUUUCGGAGCCUUUAUUGCCUUUAGGUCAAAUAAACAUCAAAAUUUUUCUUCUUUACUAUAUUAGUAUUGUAGUGUUCCUAAUGGCGCAUCCACACAUGCCCGGCGGCAUUUGCCGCAUCUCAGCCGCGGCACGCGCGGCUUUUGGUUGCUGGCGGCAGUUUGCUUGCGGCUUCGAUACGGAGUGGUUGUGUUAUCGUAUAAUUUCAUAGAAGUAAAUAACGAAAUGACAGAAUUUAACUGAGAUGAUAGUGCAGUACUUUUAUUAAUAGAAAAGUAUCAACAAAAUGAACCAUUGUGGAACCCAAGGCAUAUGGAUUUCUAGAAUCGCAAAAAAAGAAAUGAUGCUAUUAGGGAUAUUGCUUCUGUGUUCAACAUAGCAUCAUCAGAAAUUGAGAGAAAACUGAAGAAUUUAUCCAGCCAUUAUUUUCGAGAAAAACGCAAAUAUGAAGAAUCUAAAAGGAGUGGAUCUGGACGGGAAGAUGUUCAAUUGCCGAAAUGGUUUGCUUAUAAGGCGUUAUCAUUUCUUAGUGACAAGAAUGCACCGGUACCGACUCUGAACAGCCACGCACCUAUUGUAAGUACCCAUCAUAUUUUUAUAAUCAAGUAGACUAGUUGGUCGCCCACUGAUCGAAAUUCGACCAUAAUUAAUUUAAAAUACAUAUUUCAUUAAGUAAUAUUUUCGUAAAUAGGGGUACAAAGAUUUUUUCUCGCGUAUUAAUAUUAGAUACCUACUACCUACAACCCGGUAACAAUAUAUAAUACCACGGAGAGCGGACGAGCAUACUCUCGUAUUUGAACCUUAUGCCUUAUUCUAUCAUAUACGUGCUACUCAUCUACCUUUAUAGUUUCCUUUCAAGUUCAUAAUGUCUACGGAAACAGCCGAAAAUUCCUCUUCUAAGAAAAUCUCGUUGAGCGAACAGUUUCCCAUCAAGGUGCUCUGUGAUUUUAUUAGCCCUUAUAAGGGAGAGCGCGAAACUUACCGCCUUUCUCACCAACUGCCAAAAUGCCUUAGAUUUAGCAUCACCAAGUCAAAUAGUUUUAUUAAAUAAAUAUAUUCUAUCACGCCUUGAAGGUAAAGCUCAGAUUGCGUGCUCUAAUAAAAUAUUUGGGGAUUUUAAUCAGUUGAAAUGUUUUCUUAAGCAAAAUUUCGGUGAGAGAAAGCAUUAUAAUAAUUUGUUGCUAGAUUUACAAUCGUGCAGGCAAACAACAAACGAAACUGUUGCGCAAUUUGCCCUGCGUGUAGAAAGCUGCCUCACCGAUCUUCUAUCAGAAAUUUAUAAUUCUGAAUCCCUAAAGAAAGAUAUAUCCGGUCGCAUCGCUAUGACCGAAGAUUUGGCAUUAUUUACUUUUAGUUUAGGAUUAAAUCCACGACUGAGUAAUAAUGUCAGAUGUAGAAACCCAAAAUCACUUAAUGAUGCUAUCAACGUGGCUCUCGAGGAGGAAAAGAUACAAAACCUCCUGUAUAAAACAUCUAUUAAGCCUAAGUGUAGGAUCUGUGGUAAACCCGGGCACUCGGAUGCUGAAUACCGGGAGAGACAAAAGCGCACGGGUCUACCAUUUACUCCUUCGGGGCCUCAACCAUCAACAUCAUUUUAUAACUCGGGGUCCCAACUUUUCUGCAAAUAUUGCAAAAACAGAGGUCACGAUAUUACUCAAUGCCGCAAAAGAAAAUAUAAUAGUGAACGGCGUAAUACGUUUAAUUCCGAGAAUCGCGACCGUCCAGCUGCAAGCCAGUAUUCACUUGAACUCUUUUGAAGAAGAGAUCAAUAAGAUAGAAAAUCCAUCUCAUUUUCAUACUUAUAGUACUCACUAUUUGUGUUUAAGUUUAUGUAUUUCUAUGUUAACCUUGUUUUACAUUUUAUAUAAGAGUCGUAAGUUACUUUGUCGUACUAGUGCCCCAUGUUGCAUUCAAAUAUUUAACCAAUGUAAUAAUACAAAAAAUAACUCGAUUCCAACUUCUCAAACUGUAUUUCAUGAUGAUACAAUAGCACCCGUCAAUAAGGUCGAGUCAGAGUCUAUAGAAGACUUCUAUAGAAGACGAGUGACGCCAACCCCUAUUAAAAGGAAUAUUCUGUUUGGCAGGACUCACGAUAACUAAUUUGCAAUGAAUGCACAUGGUUUGUAAUCAAGUUAUAAUUUUCUUUCUUUCCAUAUCUUUGAUGUAUCUAGAUUUUAAUAAUUGCUCUUAUUAAUCAAUAAUGUUUAAUUGUUUAAGUUCUUCUAUUAUUAACUCUAAUCUUGAUUUCCUUGUAUCUUAAAUAAUGAUGAAAUGUAGUUAAUAAUUAUUAUUUUAGAGUAACUUUUCUUUCCUUAACAGUUGUAUUCGUGUCUUUUAAAAUUAGUUGUUAUUUUUAUUGUUUUAAAUAUGUUUUUUUGUUUAUUGUAAUGUCCGACGUAAAUCCACUUUAGCAUACGCGAUUUAACAUACAUCAAUCCUGACAUCUCUCAUCACUUUGAGAUGUGAUGAUCGAUCUUAACGGGGGGGUUGUUAUAUCGAAAUAACCCCUGCUUCAAAUAUAAAAUAAAUUGCUGAGUUUCCCAUUGCAUUGACGUCAAUGCAAUAGGAAACCGAUGUUAUUUUAAUUAGCGAUACCAAUAUUUCUUUAGUUUUGGAUUGGACUUCCGUCGGGCAACUUUCUUUCUAUUUUCUUGUAAUUCUAAUUAUUUUUCAAUACAUUUUUAUUUUAGUCAAUUAAAUAGUUUUUUUUUAAACCAUUUUCCGACCCACUUUUUUUUUUUUUUUUU